CUGUAAUGACACAUUAUAACCCAUACCAUUCUCUAACCUUCUUAGCCAUCGAUCUUUUGCUCUAGAAGCAGAAAAAAUGCCUGCCGACGGGAAACUCGUCUGCGUCACCGGAGCCGGCGGCUACAUAGCUUCUUGGAUCGUUAAGUUGCUUUUGGAGAGAGGCUACACCGUACGAGGAACCGUACGGAACCCAGCUGAUCCCAAGAACAACCAUCUCAGAGAGCUUCAAGGAGCUAAAGAAAGACUCACUCUUCACAGUGCUGAUCUUCUUGACUAUGAAGCUCUAAGCACCACGAUCGAUGGCUGCGAUGGCGUUUUCCACACCGCUUCUCCAAUGACUGAUGACCCCGAGACAAUGUUGGAGCCGGCGGUGAACGGAGCCAAGUUCGUGAUCGACGCAGCGGCUAAAGCCAAGGUCAAGCGUGUUGUGUUCACCUCAUCGAUCGGUGCGGUUUACAUGAACCCUAACCGUGACCCUCAAACCAUAGUCGACGAAAGUUGUUGGAGUGAUCUUGAUUUCUGCAAGAACACAAAGAAUUGGUAUUGCUACGGGAAGAUGGUGGCGGAACAAUCAGCAUGGGAGACGGCGAAGGCCAAAGGUGUGGACUUAGUGGUGCUAAAUCCUGUUUUAGUUCUUGGACCACCGCUCCAGUCAGCGGUCAACGCUAGUCUAGUCCAUAUCCUCAAGUACCUCACCGGCUCAGCCAAGACCUACGCUAACCUGACUCAGGUGUACGUGGACGUCCGUGACGUUGCACUAGGCCAUGUUAUGGUGUACGAAUCACCUUCCGCCUCAGGCCGUUACAUUCUCGCCGACACGGCGCUUCACCGUGGGGAGGUUGUUGAAAUUCUUGCUAAAUUCUUCCCGGAGUAUCCGCUUCCUAUCAAGUGUUCGGACGAGAAGAAUCCGAGGGCAAAGCCUUACAAGUUCACUACUCAAAAGAUCAAAGACUUAGGGUUGGAGUUUAAACCCAUCAAGCAAUCUCUCUACGAAUCUGUCAAGAGCUUGCAAGAGAAAGGGCAUCUUCCUCUUCCUCAAGAUUCGAACCAAAACGUCAUAAUCGAAUCCUAGAACAGGAAACACGGCCAUACACUCUGACCAUACACGCACAUCAAAAGCUUUAUUCUAAAGUAAUACGUUUGAUUCAACUAAGUUAUUUGUUUAAUCCUAUCACACAUAAAUAUAUAGCUGAUUGCUAUUUUUGUAAUCUAUAAUAUGCAUCACUCAUAGUGUAUGAUAUUAUAAAGCAAUGAUUCUAUUAUCCGAUGUUAUUGUAACAUUGUUCCUUAUAUAAUCCUACGAGAAUCUGAUCCCUUUUAAAAAA